UUACCGCUCUCUGUGGACCAUGGAUUUCCAUUCACUGUACAAAUACGUCUGUCACCUGUUUUGCCUCAGUGUGCAGAUUGUCUGGGGUCUAGAUGAAGUGACACUCUUGAAUCCUCCAGAGGAGGCUCUGCCAGACCACCGUUUGAAAAUACUUUACUCUUGUGAUGAACCUGCUACAGUACAGCUGGACUGCAUUGUAUCUUUUGACACUGGAAUCAUUUCCACACACCUGCUAAGACAGUGGAGUUGUGUCCCCGGUGACCCUAAAAUAAGGACUGUGGAACUGAACCUGCCAGACUGGCUGGUGUAUCAAGCUGAUGGGAUUGUUCCAGACUCUCACUGGGUGCUGAGUUGCAUCCUUCGAGCCUCGGUCAGAUACAGUGGAUUUGAUGACACUGAGGGAUCUAUCGCAGCUCAGGAUGUGGCAACUUUACAGCCUAAGCCCUUCUUUAGUCGACCAGUCAAACAGCAUCAACUCUGCACUGCCUGGAGUACACAAAUGCUGCAAUUAACUCAACAGUUUUUAAAGAAACAAUGUCCUUUGGAGCAAGAAACAGUGCAUUUGCUGACUUCAAUUUAUGCUUCAACUGGAGAAAGCUUUGGUAUCACAAAGACACUAGACCCUUACAGCAGUGUGCUCCUGGAAUACUUGCGAGUUAAAGCCAUCUCUUUUCCAUGGUGUUUGUUCUCCAUCUGGAUAUUUGUGACCAGACGCUGCCAGGAAAGCAUGUGUGGAGUGCUUCAUCAUAUAGACUCUAAUAAGAACUUUGUCACACCAGCAGUGUUCCUCACAAAUUCAGGCCAGCUACACAUCCAAAUGAAUGGAGAGGCUGAGGAAUCCUCUGCAUUUCUCUCUCCAUUCAAGGUGCCUUUAAGUGAGUGGUGCCAACUCAGCGUGAUGCUGCACGGCAGAACAGUGACUGUCUCGAUGGUGUGCAUUGAUAAGGAGCAGAGAACGGUUCAAUCUACAGAAUAUUUGCUGAGACAUUCACUCAGGCUGGAUGACACACAAGGAUAUUUUGUGAUUGGAGGAGGGAAAUAUAUAAGAGGUGUGGAAGGGUAUUUUGGACCGGUGGUUUACUACCGCAACAGAAUAUCACCUCACAGCAUGUCUGAAGCUGUUAUUCCAGAUGUUAUUAAGAACGUGAACCUCACUGGAUGGCUGCAGACUUGUCAAGAAUUUCAUCUCGAGUUGAUUGUGAAAAUCAGCGGCUAUUCUCUCAAGGCCGAACAGAGGGCAGAGUCUGAGACCUGUUUUGAUGCUUUAUAUAAGUGGAUAAUAAAGGACAAACUACCAUCAAAUUCACAGUGUGAGCAAUGGGAGGCAACUGUCCCUCACAGAAGACAAGCUGCAAAACUGUCCAAGUUAUUUGCUUUCAAACAUGGAGGAAAAAGGGUUAACCUGUCAGCUGUGGGCAGAGCACUGUACUCCUUAUCACUUCAUAAGCUGGGCAGAGCAAGCAGCACUGGAAUGGUCAGCAGAAUAUUACCACUGCUGCUCCAAGCUGGCUGCUUAGCUGAUAACAGGGCUCUGCGCAUGUCGUCAGUGCUCUACAGCACUGGCCUGGGAGUCAAGAAACAGCCCAGUAAGGCUUGGCUUCUUGCCCUGCUGGCAGCCCAGAAGGAUGAUCGAUUAGCACUUCUGCACCUUGGGCACCUGCACCACCACGGGAUUCAAGGUCUCCCUGCAGACCCAGAUCUGGCCUAUGCAUAUUAUGCAAACAUUGCUAAACAGACAACUUUAGACCGUCAGAGUCCCUCAGCAGAGCAGACGUUUGUUGAGGCUGUCUACUUGAACAACGACGAGGUGUUGAAUCUCCAGACCAAUGAAGACCAUCAUAUCUUCCAAUGGCUGAAACUGCAGGCACGCAGGGGAGCAGCUGAAGCUGAGCAAACUGUUGCUCGCAUGCUGUUCUGGGGUCAGCAAGGAGUGUCUCCAAACAUCCAGGAGGCUGUGAGACACUACGAAAGGGGAGCUGUCCAAUGGGAGGACCCAGUGUCAAUGUACGACUAUGGCAUAGUCCUAUUGCAGGGACAUGGGGUUGAAAAGGACGUUCCAAAAGCUGUCACUUUCCUCAAGAAAGCAAUGGACAAGGGUUUUGUUCCUGCAAUCAAUGCCUUGGCCUGGUAUUAUGAGCAGUUUGAACAGGACUACAAGCAGGCAGUGCAGCUGUGGGAACAAGCCGACCUCCUCGAGAGUCCGGAUGCUGCUUUGAAUCUUGGUGUUGUGUACUCACAGGGUCUGUAUCCAGGAAAAGCUGCUGACCAGUAUAUGGCCUAUAAGUACUAUCUGAAGUCAGCAGAAAGAGGGAACAUCAGGGGAGCACUUCACCUCGCAGACAUCUGGACCACGGGGUUACCUGGCUACAUCAACAGACAUCCAUCAGAUGCUGUUUUAUGGGUAAAGUGGGCAGCUGAGCACAACGGAUACCUCGGCAGCGUCUUACGGAAGGGCUUGGACUCAUAUCUCAGGAGUGACAUGUUCAGCUCACUGUUAUAUUUCAUGAUGGCCGCUGAGGCUGGGUACGCAGCUGCACAAUUCAAUGUGGCAUAUCUGUGUGAACAAAAUACGGGAAGUUUUCUGGAUCCUGCUUUUGCAUCACAGUGUAUGAGGAGAUAUUACAACCUCACAAUUCACAGUCAAAAUCCUGACACUUAUGCCUUCAUUAGGAUGGGUGACCUGUUGUAUGAGGGGCUGGUUGAUGGGCAGAAGGACUUGUUUUCUGCAGCAGAAAUGUACAAACUGGCAGCAUUAAGGAACGAUCCACAGGGAUGGUACAACCUCGGCCUCCUUGCUGAAGAGGGUUACAAGCUGCCGCUGUCAGCACUGACUGAACUGGGCCUUUCAGAGUUGUACCUGGCAGAAAACAGUUCGGUUCUAAGUGCUUUGUACAAAAGAUGCAGAGACUCAGAAGAUGCAGAUUCCUACUUGCCUUGCAGCCUUGCCCUCUUCAACGUGUAUCUUCAAUCAUUCCAAAAGCACUACAGUGCUACUAUUAAGUUGUCCACAGCUGUUGCUGUGGUUGCAGCUCCAACGAUAUUCUUAAUCAUCUUCGGUGUGCUCAGGAGACGUGCCCUGUCUCUCAGCUAGAGCAAAGAUUCUCAUGAGGAUCAUCAGCACAACAAACUGAGGGACUAAAGAGGAGAGUCAACCUCCACAGCAACAGCACAAUAUUUUGUCAGUUUACAUACUGCAUGUUUACUGUGCGGCCACUGAAAUAAUAACUGUGAUUGUCAUCAUAAGAAUGAAUGUUUUGUACAUGCCUGAAAAGUUUUUGGUUUUGUGAGUUUUGUAUUAUUGAAAGAAUGUAUUGACUUUAAAUGAA